AAUUUAACCCAACUCGGCCCAAAUAUAAUUUAAUCAACAGGCCUAACAAGCCCAAAAGUGAAACUUAUCAUAAUUUCAUUUCCUGGGAAUAUUCUCAUCCCCAAUCUUAUUUUCACAGACUCUCACUAGGGUUUUGGUUUCUCCUAUCAGGGUUUUAAUCGUUCACCAUUUCUCUCAGAGAAAAUGUCUUCUCUAAUGGCCAUUCGUUGCGCACGAACCCAGAAUAUCGUCACAAUCGGCUCUCUCCUUCAGUUACGUUCUUCAUUUCCCAGACUCUCCUCUCAAUUCCACUUCUCCGGUACCCUAAACUCAAUUCCGAUCAAACACCUAAGCACAUCCGCCGCCGCAAACGAUUACCACCAGAAUCCUCAAUCUGGAUCACCGUCUCAGCAUCAACGCCCAUAUCCACCUCAAAGCUUCGAUUCUCAGAAUCAGACCAACACUAAUCAACGAGUUCCACAAAGCCCUAAUCAAUGGUCUACUCAACACGGUGGUCAAAUACCUCAAUACGGUGGUCAAAAUCCUCAACACGGGGGUCAAAGGCCUCCAUACGGUGGUCAAAAUCCUCAACAAGGUGGUCAAAUGUCUCAAUACGGUGGUCACAAUCCUCAACACGGUGGUCACAGGCCUCAGUACGGUGGUCAGAGGCCUCAAUACGGUGGACCUGGUAACAAUUAUCAGAAUCAGAAUGUUCAACAAAGUAAUCAGAGUCAGUACUACACUCCGCAGCAGCAGCAACAACCGCAACCACCACGAAGCUCGAAUCAAAGCCCUAAUCAGAUGAAUGAGGUAGCUCCUCCUCCUAGUGUUGAAGAGGUGAUGAGGUUAUGUCAGCGUAGGCUAUAUAAAGAUGCUAUUGAAUUGCUUGAUAAAGGAGCUAUGCCUGAUAGAGAAUGUUUCGUUUUGUUGUUUGAGUCUUGUGCGAAUUUGAAGUCGCUUGAGCAUUCUAAGAAGGUACAUGAUCAUUUCCUUCAGUCUAAGUUUAGAGGUGAUCCAAAACUUAACAAUAUGGUGAUUAGUAUGUUUGGAGAGUGUAGUAGUAUUACUGAUGCUAAGAGAGUGUUUGAUCAUAUGGUUGAUAAAGAUAUGGAUUCUUGGCAUUUGAUGAUGUGUGCGUAUAGUGAUAACGGAAUGGGAGAUGAUGCGUUGCAUUUGUUCGAAGAGAUGACGAAACAUGGGUUGAAGCCGAACGAGGAGACUUUCCUUACGGUCUUCUUGGCUUGUGCUACUGUUGGUGGUAUAGAAGAAGCGUUUUUGCAUUUUGAUUCGAUGAAGAACGAGCAUGGGAUUAGUCCGAAGACAGAGCAUUAUUUGGGUGUUUUAGGUGUUCUUGGGAAAUGUGGACAUCUUGUUGAGGCUGAGCAAUAUAUCCGUGAUCUUCCGUUUGAACCCACAGCUGAUUUCUGGGAGGCUAUGCGGAACUAUGCUCGGUUACAUGGUGAUAUCGAUUUAGAGGAUUACAUGGAGGAAUUGAUGGUUGAUGUUGAUCCUUCAAAGGCUGUAAUCAACAAAAUUCCUACUCCUCCACCUAAAUCAUUCAAGGAAACAAAUAUGGUUACUAGUAAGAGUAGGAUCCUUGAGUUUCGAAAUCUGACUUUCUACAAGGAUGAAGCAAAGGAGAUGGCUGCAAAGAAAGGAGUGGUUUAUGUUCCUGACACACGGUUUGUGCUUCAUGAUAUCGAUCAAGAGGCUAAAGAACAGGCACUACUCUACCACAGUGAGAGGUUAGCGAUUGCUUAUGGUAUCAUAUGCACCCCACCAAGGAAGACCCUAACAAUCAUCAAGAAUCUCCGUGUGUGUGGGGAUUGUCACAACUUUAUCAAGAUCAUGUCCAAAAUCAUUGGUAGGGUGUUGAUCGUGAGAGACAACAAACGUUUCCAUCACUUCAAAGACGGUAAAUGUUCUUGCGGGGAUUACUGGUAGAGCGGCGUUUUCUGUGACUUUGUUUCGCAUCAUGUAUAGCGCGCUCUAAGCUCUCGCCAGAACUUUGCUAGCAGUUGGGAAAUGGAAUAGUAUUUGCUACGCUGUAACAAGUUUCAUCUGCUCUAGACCCUUUUACAUGAGGAAUUAUCAAGUUUAUUGCUUUAUAUCUACUAUUAUUGGUCUCAUUCUCGAAGAACGUGACUUAAUGUUUUGAAAUUAGAUCGUAUGAAUAAUGAACUUUGAUUACAUCAACAGAGAGAGAUAUGGUUAGACAUUGUUGGAAGACAUCAUUUUGAUGAACUCUUCCAUAUUAACCAAUCCAUCACCAUCUGCAUCAACAGCUCUAACCAUCCUGUUGCAGUCCUCUAAGCUACAUCUCUCACCAAGCUUCCACAGAACCGACAUCACUUCCUCUGCGCUUAUCUUCCCAUCGCCGUUCAAAUCAAAAGUCCAGAAAGAAUUUCGUAUAUCCGAAGACCUAAUCCCACCACUUCUCUUGUAUGCAUCAAUAAACUCCCUGAAAUCAAUAAACCCAUCACCGUCCAGAUCCACAGCCUUAAAGAUCUUAGGCACAUCCUCGAUCGCCCGCUCUUGUCCUAGCGCUCUCAGCACCACCUUGUACUCAGUCUGAGAGAUUUUCCCGUCUUUAUCCAAAUCAAACCUGCUGAAAACACGUCUCAUCUCAUUCACAGAAGGCUGAGAGAAGCCUCCUGGUCCAGGUGAAGAUAGCCCUGAGGAUUGUCUAUCUCUAGAGAACAUCCUUGAAGGCUUCCUCAACAUCUUGUUCUUGGAGAGCUUGUACUGCAACUCAAGAAAACUCACGUUUGACAUGUCUGAUUUGCGAUCACCAAUCUUUUCUU